AUGGGGCCCGAGGUGUCCCCGGGGAGGGCAGCAGCAGCAGGGGUACUUGGAACAGAAGCUGCUGCAGGCCCUCCCCCGCCCGCCCGGGCCGAGUCAGCAGUGCUGGCGGCCGCGGGCUGCAGCGGCGGCGGCGAUGCGGGGCCCCUGCACCACUGCCCGCCGGGCGCGCUCUGCCCGCGCUCGCGUCCCGACGGCCACCGCCUGGCGGCUGCGCGAAGCCCGCGCCGACACCGGACCGCAGGCGCGGCGCUGAUUGGUGCAGCGAGGUCCCCCGCCCUGAGCGCCUGGCUCCGGAGCGCUGUGCGCCCGCCCUGUCCUCAGCGGAGCUCCGCGCCCCAGGACGCACGGAGGGCCGGGUCACCCCAGCUUCGCCAGGACUUGGGGGCGCGAGAUCGGGGCCCUCGGAGCCGCGGCGAGCGUGGGAGCCAUGCCCGGAGGCCGGAGCGGCCGGGGAGCCCGCGCGACCUGCUCGCGCCGUGCGAGAUGAGCUCAGAUGGUUCCAGUCGGACUGCCCCUUUCGGAGCCAGGAGACCAAGGGGGAUUCUGGCGUGUGGCCACAUCCACCAUUGCCGUGAGGACGCCGUCCCCUGCCGUGGGUCUCCCUCUGCAGCACAGCUCACGGUUGUCAUCGUCCAUGUCUCGUUUCUUGCCUGGGUCUCUCCCCACACACAUUGGAUCCCCCACGCCCAUCCUGGUGGACCGAGAGGACUCCUGAUUUCCCACGAUUUGGUACAACCAAGAGCAGCAAUGCCAGAAUCCGCAGCGCUGACAGCUUCAAGACCGCCCAGGUGUCCGCCUCUGCUGGACUGGAGCCCGGCCCGUGACCUCCUCUGCCUCGAUGACCCCGUGAAGGCCCAGGGGCAAACACGGCUGCACUGGGAGCUGCUGGAGGUCCGGACCUCAGCAACGAACGUGGGGGGACACCAGCUGGCACACAGCAGGUGUUUUCCUGGACACACGGUCAAGCUGUGAUGGGUUGGCAGCGUCCUUGUGGUCUGAAGGGCCGGGGAGUGAGCACAGGGCCCGUCUCCACGCCGGGAAGGGGCAGGGCUGGAAGGCUGGGCCGCCAGCAGAGUGUGGUGGUGGGUGGGCACUCAGGGCUGGGCCUCCCGAGAGCCAGAGACCCUGCACCGGGAGCAGCGAGCAGUCAGCUGGGACCUGCGCCAGAGGAAAUGAGCGUGAGUGGGGGGCUCAGAUCCCACGUGUUUAGGCCCGGGACUCAGAGGCCAAGGUCACGGGAGCUGGGCCUGACUGCUACAGUGGUGCUGACCACCGGGGCGCCCAGCAGGCAGGGCCGAGCUCACCACCAGAGGCUCGGGAAACCCCAGACUCGACAUGAGGGACAGGCCCAGCGUCCCGACCCUCCGCAAGUUCCCCGGCAGGUGCAGACCACACGAGAUUGGAGGUGAGAGGAUCACUAUUGAAGACCACCCAUGGCUCCCUGGGGUGUCAUGGCCCGCCACACAUGUUUGAAAUGUCCUGUGACAAAAAGGUUUGAGGAAGGAGAGAGAGAGAGAGAGAGAGAGAGAG